AACGAUAUACGAGUGGGAACAUGGUGUAUGAUCAAGUUUUGGAGGAUGAAACCUCAUGGUAGCAAAGACUUAGUAGCUGCCUGUCAAUUGCUAGCCAAAGAAGAUGCUGCCACUGUAUGGUGCCUAGAGUAGUGCAGUUUUGCAAUGUUUAUUUAUGGCUUGGCUUCGGUUAGGAGAGAGGGAACGAAGGGAUCUCAGGAUAAGUCUACGAAAGGACUAAUUUUCAAAGCAACUUAUAGUACAAAGUAUUUUUUAGGCUGUUCACAGUGGAAUAGAAAUUCUCUUUGCAAGAGAUGCUUGUUGGUUGCCAUUUUAACAUGAGAAGAGGUUUGUUAUAUCCAGGUUAUUAGAAGAUGUGUAAUCAGGGGGUCUGGAGAGCUGAUGAGCAACUGGCGAUCAUGUCUGCACUGUAUGGUUGAAACUGAGUGGAUUGCAUUUCCCAGUUCCCAUGCCAGACUUGAUGCCAAGUCUGUCAUUGAUUCUCUGGCAGUAAGUCUAAUUAGUCUAAAAUUCUUUAAGAAUAUGAAGAAAUGAACCAUAUAAAAAAAUACAUUUAAAUUUCCAUUCCUUAUUAGGUGCGUGUGACAUGGGAGCGGUCGUGCUGUUAUGUGUGGAUUGGAGAGUUGUAGAAAGAGCACUCUCACUUUGAACUUUCAGACUUGCAUUUUGGAUGAUCCUCUGGCUGCUGAAAAGCUCUCGGCAUGUUGUUCUGGCAUAAACACAAUAUUGAGAAGUCCCUUGCGGAUCUCCCUAACUUCACUCCUUUCCCCGAUGAAUGGACAGUUGAAGAUAAAGUCUUAUUUGAACAAGCAUUUAGCUUCCAUGGAAAGAGCUUUCACAGGAUCCAGCAAAUGCUUCCAGACAAGACUAUUGCGAGCCUUGUAAAAUACUACUAUUCUUGGAAAAAAACUCGCUCUAGGACAAGUUUGAUGGAUCGGCAGGCUCGAAAGCUAGCUAAUAGAAAUAAUCAAGGUGACAGUGAUGAUGAUGUAGAAGAAGCUCAUCCAAUGGAUGGAAAUGAUAGUGAUUAUGACCCCAAAAAAGAAGCCAAAAAGGAGGUAACAGAUAACUUAAUGGGCAAUAAUGAGCAGCCUGUUCAGACCAGCAAAAUAGGGCUGGGUAGAAGAGAGUAUCAGAGCUUGCAGCAUCGCCACCAUUCUCAGCGUUCCAAAUGCCGUCCACCAAAAGGCAUGUACCUGACCCAGGAAGAUGUGAUAGCUGUUUCCUGUAGUCCCAAUGCAGCCAACACAAUUCUUAGACAGCUGGAUAUGGAACUAAUCUCGUUAAAGCGACAGGUUCAAAAUGCUAAGCAAGUAAACAGUGCACUUAAACAGAAAAUGGAAGGCGGGAUUGAAGAAUUCAAACCUCCUGAGUCUAAUCAGAAAAUCAAUGCCCGUUGGACCACAGAAGAGCAGCUUCUUGCAGUACAAGGUGUCCGCAAAUAUGGUAAAGAUUUUCAAGCUAUUGCAGAUGUAAUUGGCAACAAGACUGUUGGCCAAGUGAAGAACUUCUUUGUAAACUACAGGCGUCGGUUUAACUUAGAGGAGGUAUUGCAGGAAUGGGAAGCGGAACAAGGAACCCUGGCUUCUAAUGGUGAUGCUUCUGCUUUAGGGGAGGACACAAAAAAUACUUCUAAUGUGCCAUCAGGAAAGAGCACUGAUGAAGAAGAUGAGGCACAAAGCACUCCGACCACUCAGUGUUUAGGCCCUUCACCUCCAGCACAGGCAUCUGCUCCAGCACCUACCGCUCCCAUGGCAACUUUAAAUCAGCCACCCCCGUUACUUCGACCAGCGCUUCCUGCUGCUCCUGCGCUCCAUCGUCAGCCUCCGCCACUUCAACAACAGGCGCGAUUUAUUCAGCCAAGGCCAACUCUAAAUCAGCCUCCCCCGCCACUCAUCCGCCCAGCUAAUUCCAUGCCUCCUCGUCUAAACCCAAGGCCGGUGUUAACCACAGUUAGUGGCCAGCAACCACCCUCGCUUAUUGGAAUUCAGACUGAAUCUCAGUCCACCCUGCACUGAAGAAAUAAAGCAGAAUUAUGUUAACUCCUACAGCUGAAAAACAGUAUCAAUGUACUUUUUUUUUUCCAAAUAAUGAAGGGGAGAAAACAGCAAGCCUUCACAGGUAUCAGACCAGUUUUACAGAGGAGCAAGAUAAUAACCAGAAAUGGAGCCAUGUGAACGACCACCUGUAUAAAAAUAUUUUUUGUAGAAGACUUGUACAGCAGAAUAAUGCCUACAAUAUGGCCCUCCUCUAUGUGAAUAACUGUUGAAGGAAGCUAACUUCUUACAUGAAUAAAUGUUCAACACACCAAGAUUUGAUUUAACUGAUUUUUACUCUAUUUAUUUUAUUACAGUUCUUUGUAGUCAAACAUCUAAUUACAGAAAAGUAGUCUGGCAAAUCUAGGAAUAAGUAAUAUUGUAGGAGACUUAAAUGUAGGGUUAUUUUUGUGUGUGUGAUUUUUGUUUUUUAUUUUUUUGUACUUUUUAGUGGAAGAAAAAGAAAGAAUGGCCUUAGGUUCAGAAUUUUUGGCCCUGUUUAGAUAACGGUAGUAGCAUUUCAUGCAGUUGUAAAAUGUAGGUGUUUCUUCUCCAUGUUUUUCCCAGAACACUUUUUCUUGUUUUUAAAAAAAAAAAAAAAAAAAAAGGUACGGUCUUAUUAAAUAGUCCUCUAAAAGAGUAUUCUAAAACUCAAUGAGCUUUUGUACCAAACAUAAUAAAUCUCACGUGUGUUCUAAUAGAAAUUAUCUGAAAACAGGAGUCCAGUGUCCUACUGCAAUAUCACUCGUAGGCUGGGGUGGAGAGAAAGGCAGCAACUUCCAACACCCAGGGGGAUUACAGGAGAGGAACUGUUUAGCAAGAGCUAUUUAAUUUGUUAUUCCACAGAUUCUUCUAACUUAAGUACAGUAGAAUUUCAUUCCUCUGAGAAUGUCUGUUAGCAGUUCAUAAUGCAUUAGAUCAUUGGUCUCUUCUCUAAAAAUUCAUUGUGAAAGUACAGAGGCUGAUGGUGGUAGAAUACUGUGGCAAUAGGGCUAUUUGCUGCCGGCCCAGUCUGAGCAUUCAAUGUAUCUCUGAUUUCUGCUGUUGGUGGCAGAGUUGAAUAGCUGGGUUGAGGCUAUCGUGGUUUUUUUUCUUUUGUUUUGUUCACUACCUAAAACCUGCAUUUGGAUAUUAAUUAUAGCUCCCAAUUUUUAGGAGAUUAAAAGGUUAUCAUUUUCCUGUGCAUUUAUUUUUUCUUGUUGUCUUAAAACCUUGAUUCAUACCCAGCAGUGAUUUCUUUUUUUUGUAUUUUUUUUAAUAGAUGCUUCUACCUUCUAAGGAAAUCAGGCUUCAACUUGAGUAGCAGUAUUUGAAACUGUGAUCUGAAUCGAGCUAUGGAAAAACGUUGCAUUCUUGACUGUGUAGAAACAUUUGUGUUGACUGCCAUACUAUUCUAUAAAAUUAUUUUUGUUUGUAACAGAAGUGGUGUUUGCAAGUCCUUUUAAAUCCAUUCCGUUAUUAACUAGAUUUGCCCUUGACUAAGAUGAGAUGGUAUUAGAAAAUGGAAUGUGCUCUCUCUAGGCUUUUUCACAGAUGAAUUGAUUGGUCUAAUGAUCAGUUCAGCAGUAGGCUAAGGUUUUUCAUUUGUGCAAAGGGAAGUUCUUACAGCAUCAGAUCGUGUUUCCUUUUUAAAUCUUGUAUUAGAGUUUGAUAUUUGUGACCUGAAUUGAAAUUAGGGUGCUAACCUCCAUAGUUUAGUUCUUCACUCAAAUAUAUUUCCAGAUCAAACAUUUUUUCUUUCUGAACAGCUAUCACUAGUGUGCUGAGGUCUCAUACAAAAAAGGUCCUUCUUAGGAAUAUUCUUCUGCAUCAGAGUAGGUUCUUAGCCACUAUGUGAGCAUCAGUUGACCUCUCUUCUAAGAGAAGCAGCAUCAUAGAGCAAGCACCGAGAAAUUUGUGAUCACUUAAACUUUUGUUCUGGAAGUCCUGAAUGCCCCCUCAACAGCUACACACAGGUCUGAUCUGGCUGCUGUCCAGAAUUCCAAACUGAUAUGAAAACCUUUUUGACAGCCUAAGUAUCUCAGCUUAAUUGUUGAUAAUGAUAGGAUACAUCAUCAGUAUUUCUUGCUCUUUCCUGUUUUCUUUUUUCUUUUUUCUUUUUUUUAGCAUUGAGUCUCCCAGGUGUGCGUAUUGUACCUUUGCUAAUUUUUGUCUUGUCUCUUGUCGAUAGACUUCAGUAUGCAGAAUGUUGGGUGUUGCAGUAGAGUUGGCCACCGCCAACUGCUAUAAAACUGUUCAGUACAUUGUAAUUCAGUUUAAUCAUGUUUAAAUAUUCUAUAACUGGGCGAAGGUGCUGUAUUAGAAGGGGGGAGGGAGGGUCAGAGAUAGGUAGUAUUUUUUAAUUUACAAACACUGUAGCACACAGUAGGGAUCUCCUAGCAUUUGUAGUACUAAAUAACUAUGUACAUAGCAAAAUGUCUUUAUUGUGUGCUUUGCAGAGUAUGUGCAUACAGUUUGCACGUCCUGUUUUGGGGGGUAGGGUUUGUUUCAAGCAGUGUUUGCCUGGAGAGUGAUAUGCUUGCUGCUUAAUCAAAGGAUUAAAGUUUCAAAGAAAUCUGUGUCUUCUAUUUUUAUGUACCUUGUAAUGGUCUAAUAUGUUAGGGCCCUUAUACUGUGAUUCUCUUCUAAAUUCAUUUAUAUUUUUUUAAGAAUUAGAAAUAAAAUUAUACAAUGGUGUUGAUUUCGGUGGGGAAUUUCUUUUGCCAUAUCUAGUCUCCUGUUUUUGUAAUGUAGUAAUGAACUCUGACUUCAAGGUUGGCUUAAUUUUGUCACUUUAAAAAAUGUAAAAUGUUUGCACACUAAAGUUUGGCAGAGAACGUGUAUCCUACAUUGUUCAAUGCUAAUGUAACUCUACAGCUUUUUGUACAGUUUAUUUUAGUUAAUAAAGCAAAACGGUACUAAAAAUGAUAGGUUUUACAAAUGCGAGGCAUAAUUUGAACUACAUGUCUUAGGAACAACACUUGCAAAAUAUGGAUGUACAAAAAUAUCAGAUUUAAUUGUUGCACUUUAAAUCAGAAUGGGUAUGAAGUUAAGCAGGUGUUUCUGCAUUAAUAAAAACAAUCACUAAACAUUGCA